CUAGUGUAAAGAGGUGGUUGGAAGGUCCAGACAGUGGUGACUGGAUAUUAGUUAUCGACAAUGCCGACAACGAGGAGGACUUUAUUGGCAACACUGGUCCCAUCUCCAAGUUUGUACCGCAAGGCCAAAGGGGUACUCUGAUACUCACCACCAGAUCGCUCCGGGUUACAUCCUGGCAGGAUUGUGAAAGGAUUGGUAUCGGAGAAAUGGGGGAGGAUGAGGCCAGGGUAUUGUUUUCGAUACGCUACGGUAACAGGAAUAGCUUGAGUGAGGAAGAUAAUGAGGCCAUCGCAUUGAUCUUGGACUCCCUACACUACAUCCCCCUGGCUAUCGCAGGAGCGGCAGCCUUCAUGACGGAAACCCGGACACUACCAUCCGCUUACUGGAAGAUUUUCCGCGGGAGUGACGAACAAGCAAGGAGACUCCUUUCGCAACCAUUUUGUGACAUGCAACGAGGGGCGGACAUGACCGAAAGUAUCCUAGCCACGUACUUUAUCACCUUUGACCAAAUCGCGGCUCAGAUGCCCCGAGCGGCGGAUCUUCUGCAUCUAAUUGCAUUCUUCGAUCGUGAGAAUAUACCCGAGGAGCUAUUGAGACAAGGUGGUUUGGAAGGGACGGAUGAUCCGAUUGAGUUUCGUCAGGCCAUAGGAAUACUAUUAGGAUUUCGCUUGUUACGACUGUCAACCGUGAGAAGAAGACAUUUUACGAACUUCAUCGUUUGGUCCAAUUGUCUUUACAAGCGUAUUUACCUAUAGAGGAGUUGGAACGAUGGAGGGCCACUGCACUGGGAGUGGUUUCGAGGUUGUUCCCUCGGCAUUGGAACACGUGGAGAGACGUUGGUUCUGCAUACCUUCCCCAUGCACUUGCGGUAACCAAACACUCUACGGAUCCUAUUGCCAAAGAGCUUUGUUUUCGCCUGGGACA